AUGGGCAAUAAGCAAUCUACGCUGCAAAGACGUAACACGGACAACACUGAGGAGCAUCUUCAAUACCAUACACUCCACGGUCCGGUUUCCGCACAUGACGUAUCGAAACAUCUCGAGACUGUGCCACCACCUCACACACGCACUCCGUCCAAUUUUCCUCAUGCAUUCCGUGGGAGACAGGGCCAAGCAGUGGAUGAUAAAAAGGUCUUUGACGACUACGUCACUGGUCCGGGUCGAUCCCAGGGGCCUACUGGCCCUAUGCAAGAAUACGCCAUUCCGCAAUCUGGCGAGCAAUUCAAUUUCCAGUUUGACCGCCGCACUCAGAAUGCUCGUCAGGCAGCCCGAGUGAUUCAUCGAAACGAACGAGCAAACGUAAUGGGGCCUGCCAACGGCCGAGCGGCGAAUGAUCCCAUUCAAACCCGAGCUGCGGUUCGCGUGGCCCAAGUGAACGGCAAAGAGAAGAUCGCUGUUGUUGGUGUCAUGACCCAUCCGGACGGAGACCAUGCGAAGCUUGUACGAGCACCUCUUGAGCCUCUCAAUCGUGAGGGUCGGCAGGAGUUGACGAGGCAUACUGAUGAACGCGGUCGCAUGCGGACGUUCCCACCUCGCGGACUUGACGCCAAAGUCAUUGAGAAUGUUGAGACACGAUUCGCGAACCCACACCCAGCCACUCAUCCGGGUAUGAGGGUCUAA